CUUAAAUUAAUUGCUCAAGAUGGUCUCCCUGCUAAGCCAAGACCAUAAACGAGGUGAGAUGGAAAUUGUUAGUCAUUAUGGAAGAGAGAGACUGAGUAGCAGAGAUUUAGGAAGUUUGGAAUUGCUUGAAGCCUCGCAACAUUUCUUAUUACAAAACCAAGACCUACACAAGCUAGAAGCCAAGCUAGAUUGCUUCUUAGGCGAAAUUAUUUUUACCAAGCAUGAAAUCCCAAAAGCCAUUCAUAAUAUGUCUUUCAGAUUUGAGUACUCUGUCGAAUCUAAUUAUAUUAAAGAUACGGACUUUGUUAAGCAUAGACCUCAUAAAUUCGAGCAAGUUAUUUUGCUUUCUACAGUCCGAGUAAGACUUCUGUCUAAAGUGAUGAUGAUUUUCACAAAAUAAUCAAACCAAAAUUAAGAUAAAAACCUUUAAUAAUCCUUCAGCCUUUAGACAGAAGAUUGUCAUUAAUAGUUUGAUAAGCAAAGUACACUCAAUUAAAAAGCUUCAAAUUAGGCGUUUAACUAUUUCUUCCAAGCAAUUUGUUCACAUCCUACUAAGUGGUGCUUCACUUAAAAUUUUUGAAAUCCUUGAUUGAAUAAUAAAUGGUCCUAUUCUCAAGAUCACUCACAGCAAAAGAUCUUCAAAUCUCAAGAAAAUAGAUAUUUGGUGGAAGAACGUAACUCCUGACAAUUAUUCAGCCCUAAGUGCUCUAUCUACACAAAAGCCUGCUCUAAAGCAAGAGACAUUAAAGACAGACUACUACGAAAAGAUUUUCUCAAACAUCAGCCAAUGCCCUUGCGUUGAAACCUUAUCCAAAGUGACCGUCUAUUGGUCGAGCCUCCAAAAGAUAGCCAUUGAUGAGCUUCAAAAGAAAUAUGCGCACUGUAAAGUUGAGUUUACUCCGUCCUAGCCCACGAUCCUCCAUAUU